GCGAGGUGGCGGGGUAGAUUCUGGAAUCUCGGGCCGACCCUUCCACCGUGGCCGAUAACUUCAUGAUCCCACCCCUCUUCGUUCAUCAGCAACAUCAUUCUCAACCAAAAUGCAGGAAAUCAAAUCACUAUCGCAGUUCAACAAGCUCAAGGCUAACCCCCUCCUCGUCAUCGACUUCUACGCAACCUGGUGCGGCCCAUGCAAAGUCAUUUCCCCAGUAUUCGACAAGCUUGCAAAGCCCCACGAAGCCUCCACCUCCAUAAUCUUUGCGAAAUGUGACGUCGACAAGGCGAAGGAUGUCGCGCAAGCAUGCAACAUAACAGCGAUGCCGACGUUCCAGUUCUUCAAGCAAGGAAAGAAGGUCGAUGAAGUCAAGGGCGCAGAUCCACAACAACUAACGACGAAGAUUGGAUAUUACACCACCGCAGCGGCGAAGGAGACAGCAGGACAAGGACCAAACACAAAGGAGGGCGAGUCGAGUACAUCGAGUGUAGGGCCAUACAGCUUAAGGCCGUUGAUUGAUGUCAAUACAGCCAAACUGCUGAAUGCGUCGCUCCUCAGCUCAGUCCGAAAUAUCGCGCUUCCACCUCCGGCCGGAUACGCGGCAGCCUCAGCCUCGGGCUCACGACUCCUCAUCCAUCUGCCAUUUACACAAGCAGUUACUCCUAGUAAGCUCGAGAUCACAAUAGCGAGAGACUCGGUAUCGAAUGCUCCGUCGCGGAUACAAGUUGGCACAAACAUUCCUGUUCGGGUGACGAAAUCUCCAGAGGGAGUGGAGGCGAACGAUUUGGAUAUGGAGUCUUCGAUUGGCGAGGCGGAGAACACACAAUCUUUUAACAUCUACUCUGAUGAGUACGUUAAUGGAGUGGCAGAGCUGAAACUGAAGGCGUCGAAGUUUACUGGUGUGAAGAGCCUGACAAUCCGGAUUGAUGCGAAUAUGAGUGGCGAGAUGUCCACCGUCAGCAAAAUUGGGGCGAUGGAUAUUAUUGGCACGAAAAUUUGAGGCCGCGAAACAGAAAAUAUUAUAAAUUUGAGCAAAGCUCAUUCUACUGUCCACAGUUGCAUGUUGAGGAUACCGGGACUCUAUUCUGAUUCGGAUUCCGACUCAUACCUUGUUUUGUCA